AUGGGUGAUAAUCCAAUGGAUAUUUUUAAGGAUGAUAUGGAAAACGAGGAAUUGUAUCUAAAGGUCAAUGCGAUGCACAGAGUUAGAGUUAUCGCAACGCUUUUAGGGACAGAUAAAAUAAAGUCUGUUCUUUUGCCAUAUUUUGAAACUUUAAUGAAAAAGGAAGAUGAUGAAGUCUUAUUUGCUAUGGCAGAAGAGCUAGGCUACAUUGCUCAAAUAAUUCCAUAAUAAUCGAUAUGCUUAUUGCCUAUUUUGGAGCAAUUGGCUGGAUUUGAUGAGACUGUUGUAAGAGAAUAAGCUGUUAAAUCAAUUAUUAUUGUGUGUGGCUUUUUGGGAGACAAUGAAAUUUCUAACACAAUAGUCCCAUUGAUUCUAAAACUAGCAUCAAAUGAAGCCAAUUUCACAUGUAGAGUGUCUGCUGUUAGCUUAAUGUGUCCCAUGUAUGCUAGAGCUGGAAAUUAGAAAGAAAAACUUAGAUAAAAAUUCACUGAGCUAUGCAGUGAAGAAACACCCAUGGUUCGAAGAGCAGUGGCAACAAAAAUAGGUGAAAUUGCAUAAUACAUGGAUAAAAAUCAUGUUAUUGAAGUUUUGAUAACUGUUUUGAAAUAAUUAUGCUAAGAUGAAUAAGAUUAAGUUAGAUUAUUGUGUAUGGAAAGCAUAAUGAACAUUGCUAACAUCCUUAAUAUCAAUGAAAAUAAAACAAACAUAUUGCCACUGAUCAUAUCUUCAGCAGAAGAUAAAUCAUGGAGAGUAAGAUUGGCAUUGUCUAAGAUAUUUGCAGAAUUAGCUGAAGCUGUGGGUAAAGAGAUUGCAGACUCCUCUUUAAUUUAGAUCUUUUCUAACUUAUUAAAAGAUCCUGAGAGUGAUGUUAGAGUUGUAGCUGUGAAAAGUCUGGCUAAAUUUAUUAAAUUUGUAUCUCCAGAGAAACUAAAUCUUAUAAUUCCAUUAUUAUAAUUAUUAGCUAAGGAUGCAUUUGCAUAAGUGAAAUAAAUGGCCUGUUUAGUUAUUGGAUAGAUUGCUACUAUUUUACCUCGAGAUAAUAGUUAAAGCAAAUUGCAAUCCUACCUAAUUGAAUUAAUGAGUGAUGACAAUUAGGAUGUAAGAAAGAAUGCAGCUUAAUCAGUUGGUGUUUUUGCAGCUGCACUUGGUUCUGAUUCUUUAGGGUAAUUCAUUCCUCAUUUGAAAAAAUGCAUGGAGGAUCCUAAAUGGAGAGUCAGAAAAGAAAUCAUAUAAACAGUCAUUCAACUUGCAUUAACAAUUAAGAAUUCAGAAGUAUUCAUCAAGCAAUUAGAACCAGUCUAUGUUAUGUUUUUGAAGGACAGAGCAGCUGAAGUUAGAACUAUAGGGUUGAGCAGAUUGAAUGAUCUAAUCUAAACCUACAAAAUUGAUUGGGCAUUGGGAAGCUUUUUGUCUAAAUGCUUGGAAACUCUCAAUAAGGAUACUGGUUUCUUGUAUAGGAUGAAUGCCUUAUAUGCUAUUUAACAAAUUGGCUUAGUGGCUGAUGGGCCUACAAUCACGGAUAAGUUAUGGCCAAUCGUAUAGAAGUGCAUGAAGGACGUCGUUCCGAAUAUUAGAUUUGUUAGUAUAAAGGUGGCAAAGACAUUAUCAAAAAAGAUUGACCAUCAAGGCACUCUGAAUCAAAUAAAAUAAGCAAUAAAUGAAAUGACCGAUGACAACGACAGAGACGUUAAAUUUUAUGCUUAGGAAGCUUUACAAUAUUGA